UUGAGCUCUUUAGAACCAGUGACGUCUCAACUUCACUCUCACUUAGCACUAACCAAAAUUUAUGGAGGUGGGAUUUAAAAGAUAGGACUAGGGUGAGAGUAUGAGGUAGAUACCUGCUUUUCAAACAAGUCGCCCCUAUGAGGUUCGCGGACAUUAUUAUCGACUUGGCUGCUGUCGUCCAAGCAUCUCGGUCUGUUGCAUCGAGACAUAUAGAGCUCCGAGCUCGACAGAUCGAUCGCUACGGCCGAACCUCAAGUAUUGUGCGGUCUUUGAGAGAGAAGAAGUCGGGCACUUAUCCUAUCCACCCGGAAACAUCUAGCGUUGCUAAUGCUUCAGUUGGUAAUGGUAAAGAACCAACUCGUGAUACAAUUACUCAGUCCGACUUACCUGCAACCCAAGCCGAAAGUAUAGAACCUGGUGCAAGGGUUCCUCCAUUAAGGGAUAUACAAAAGGAUGCUGAAGAUAUUAGAGCCUCACCCUUAGACCAGCAAGAUGCCUAUAGGAAACUUUUUCGACACGGCUCACCAGAUGACGUGGCAUCCGCACAGCACUCCUCAGUGGUGCAGCCGGAUCAAAGUGCAAUUCUAGCUCAACUAAGGAAAAAAGCCGAGGAAGCUGAAAAAAGCACCAAGGUCGAAUUAAAUUGUACUUCUGAACCCCGUUUAGCAACAUCGGGCGUCGCUUCGAGCUCCCCAGUUGGGGAGGGUGUUCCUUCAGAUGUGGAUGUAAAUGUAUUUCACACGAAUCGAGGUUCACAAAUAUUAGAGGGACAAAAACAUAUACUUCGUGCAAAUCGGCCUAAUAUUGCGGCUCCGUCCCCUGGGUGGUUUAAAGAUUACGGCCAUGGACAAGUAAAACCCCACAAAGAGGAGACCCAGGCAUCGCCUCCUAUUGCUGAAAUUUCGGCAACACCGAGGGACUCGGCGGCGAAUAAGAAGACGACACAUACGGAAGUCAAUACUGAUGCCCUAUUUGCUAGAGAAGAACCUAUAAGCCAGGAGGCUGAGAAGGAACACACUCAGAUGGUUGAUGAAAUCUUGCCCAGAACAGAAAUAGAGAUACCACCGGACGUAACAGUCGAAACAGAAGCCAUGUUCAAUGACGGGUCGACAAGACCGGCGUAUGUUCUCCGGGAAUCCAAGGUACCAUCCACCCGCUUAGGCCGAUUAUGGAACUACGGGGGAUUAGCCGCCGGAAUGCUAGGCGGCGCCAUCACCGAAGGGCUUAGUAGAAGCCUCGGCGGCGGCGGUAAGGGCUCGGUGUUACUCAGCUCUGGGAACAUGGAGCGGCUCGUUGCUAAGCUCUCCCGGAUGCGAGGCGCAGCGCUGAAGAUGGGCCAGUUGAUGAGUUUCCAGGACUCCAAGAUGCUUCCCGCGCCCAUUCAGGAAGUCCUCCAGAGAGUCCAGGAUCGAGCCGAUUACAUGCCCGCGUGGCAGCGUGACCGCGUGCUCACGGCCAACCUCGGACCUGAAUGGCGGGAGUUAUUUGGCGAGUUCGAAGACAAACCGAUCGCAGCGGCGUCGAUCGGCCAAGUGCACCGCGCAACGCUUAAAUCUACAGGUGAAAAGGUGGCUGUUAAGAUCCAAUUCCCAGGCGUUGCAGACUCAAUCAAUUCGGACUUAGACAACAUAUCUAUGCUUCUAACCGCCUCUAAGAUGCUACCCAAGGGACUAUAUCUUAACAAGACGAUCGACAACGCACGGACAGAACUAGCUUGGGAAUGCGACUACGAGCGGGAGGCCCAGUGCGGGCAGCGGUAUCGGGAGCUUCUGUCCGACGAGCCGGACGUUUUCCUUGUGCCCAAGAUCUACGCAGAGGCCUCGGGGAAACACGUUAUAACGAUGGAGUUUAUGGAGGGAGUAGGCGUGACACGGAACCAGUCAUUCACGCAGGAGCAGAAGGAUUGGAUCGGCACACAGAUCCUGCGGCUCUGCUUGCGCGAGAUCACAGAGUUCCGCUUCAUGCAGACGGAUCCUAACUGGACUAACUUCCUAUACAAUGCUGAUACCCAGAAACUCGAGCUCCUCGACUUCGGUGCUUCGCGCGAAUUCCCAGAGCAAUUUGUCAUCCAAUACGUCGGUUUACUCGCUGCCGCCGCACGCUCUGACCGCCACACCGUCCUCAAACUAUCACGCAGCCUAGGAUAUCUUACAGGCCACGAGAGUAAAACCAUGCUUGACGCACACGUGACCUCGAUCCUGACGCUAGCCGAGCCGUUCCUACACUCGGCGCCUCAGGUGUACGAUUUCAACGACCAGACCAUUACCGAGCGCGUCAAAGCGCUCAUCCCCACCAUGAUCCGCGAGCGUCUGAGUCCCCCACCCGAGGAAACGUACAGUCUACACCGCAAACUAAGCGGUGCUUUCCUGCUCUGCGCUAAGCUGGGCGCCCGCGUGAGGUGCCGCGAGCUGUUCGACCGAGCGAUAAAGAAGAUGGAUGUGGAUGUUGUUGUGUGAUAGGGGAUAUGAAUGUAUCAAUCGGAUUAUACCCACCACUCACCUCUGUAUAAACAAUCUACCUACCCAAGGUUAUAUGUCACAUGGAAUAAGGGCAACGGAGCAUUAAAGGGGUGGAUAGAACUGCGGGAAAAUGUUAUCAUUUUGUUUAUAG